AAGAAAAUACACCUUCCUCGCGUCGAGAUUGCGGUCCAACUGCCACUAGUUUGACCUUUAACCGAACAAGUAACAUCCCAUCGACCUCUAAUCACAAGAAGUAACCGGCGACGACCUUUUAAAAUAAUUGCGAUCAAUCGCGAAGGCUCAUUCAAAGUAUGCCAUAUGUACUGACUCAACCGUAUUGAUCUCAACUCUGCUAAUGAAUAAUUCGCAGAUGUUCUCUAGACGUAUUGCAGCAGCGCGACCACUGCGAACCUCCCUCAUUCCACGUCAAGCCACCCUCAUCCCACAGAGAUGUGCCAGUCAGUCUGCUGCCUCCAGCGGACCAGCCUAUCCAGCUUAUCCACAGUUGGUCAGUCAACUUGAUCGCAGUUAUUUGUAUCAGGUAGAAGCAUGCACUGACAGAGCAGGAUGAAGACCGACAUUGAAGACCCCGGCAUGGUCAGUUUAUCCGAAAUCGAUUUCUGAGCGGAGACUAACAUAGUAUGAAGAACGGAGGAUAUAUCAAUCCCCCCAGAGUUAAGCGUCAAUUCCGUGACCCUCAUGCCGAUUGGUGGGAUAAGCAAGAGAGAAGAAACUACGGAGAGCCAGUUCAUGAGGACAAUGAUAUUCUGGGCAUGUUCUCACCAGAAGAAUACACACAUCAAAAGCCCGGAACGGCUGCGCUCCAAUUGGGCGUUUUUGUUUUAUCUGUAUUUGGACUUUGCACAAUCGUGGGCAUGAUGUACCCAGAUAAGCAAUCUGUCCCAAGAGAGUUUGAAGGUGGACUUGAGAGAGAGUUGGGUGGCCCAACUGCAGUCAGAGUAAGUUGCAUUGUACAUGCGUUCUGUAAGUUGCUUUGUACUAACCCGAAGAAAAGGCUAGAGCUGCUGGAGAUCCAUUGUAAAGGAAGGUGGAUUUGUACAUAUGAUUAUCAAUUUGAGCAAGUUUUGAGGUACCUUCAUUGUAAUGCACUAUAUGGUAGUAAACUUUCUUCAACUACGGCCCCCUUUCUCUGGAGUUAUGUCCAUAUCAAAUAGU